AUGUUGCUGUUAUGGAUAACACUGCUUUUUCUUCAUCAAGGAUAUACGCUGGUUCCAGUGACUACAGUUCCUCUUGGUGAAUCUGUGACCUUCACGUGUGCUCUGCCUACUAUUGAGUUUAGCAGUAGAAAGCUCUACUGGUUCAAGCAAAAUGCUGGAGAGACUCUGACAUUAAUUGUGACACUGCUCGGAUCUACAAAACCUGAGUUUGCAACAAAGUUUAAUGACUCAAGAUUGGAGGUAAAAAGCGAUAACAAUUUAAGCAACCUGACAAUUCGGAGGACAAACCCAGAAGAUGAAGGAAUGUAUCACUGCUUAAUCACAGAGUCUUUUGGAAAUCCUGAAUGGAGUGGAACAUAUUUGUUACUAAAAGGAAACACUCGGAGGACUUCAAACUAUUCUGUUCAGUGGCCGACAUUAUCUGAUCCAGCUCCUCCAGGAAACUCGAUGACCCUUCAGUGUUCGGUCCUCUCUAAAUCUGAGAAUAAAACAUGUCCAGGAGACCUCAGUGUGUUCUGGUUCAGAGCUGGUUCAGAUAAAUCUCGUCCUAGCAUCAUCUACACUGAUGGAAGGGGACAAGAAGAAUGUGAGAAGUUACCGGACACUCAGAAGAGUUGCUUCUCAAAGAACUUCAGCUCCUCUGAUGCCGGGACUUACUACUGUGCUGUGGCCACAUGUGGAGAGAUAUUAUUUGGAGAUGUAACAAAACUGAAAAUUGAGCGAAAUGCAAGCUCUGAAGUUAUAGCGCUGGCGAUAGCAAUACUCUGCUUGGCCGUUUCUAUCAUUGGAAACAUUACUUUAUUCUGCCGCUGGACUUCAAGAGCAGGUUGUUCACGAUGUAAAGGAAAUGAAAACGUCGCUUUGCAUUCGAGACAUGACAACUCAAGCCAACCUGUGCAUGAUAUUACUGAAGGUGGACAUGAUCUGAACUAUUCUGCGUUGCAUUUCUCUGGAAGGAAGGCUACAAGAGGAGGGAAGAAGAGAGAGAUGGAGACUGAAGAAAGUGUGUACUCUCAAGUUAAAUGCUGAAUGUGAAUGUGAGUCUAUUAAAAAUGUAAAUUGGUUGAUAAUACUGACCUCUGACAAAGAUUUACACUAAAUUAGGAUUAAUGCUAAAAGCCAAAAUAGCAGCAAACAGAUAUUCUCUUUUAUUCGAUGUUCCACCAAUAUUUGAUUCCAUGUGUUUGUAUGUGUCGUCUUUUAUCUUAAAAUACUAACUAAGUGUGUUUUUCAUUAAAGAAAAUGUUAAAAAUCAUGGGGGGAAUGAUUUUGUUAUGAUUUAUUUAGGGCCAUCAGACAUAACCGUUUCAAGAUGUUCUCCUCUGCCAUUUUGUAUACAUUAUGAAUGUUCAAAUCUGUUUACUUCUUCCAUGACCGUCAUCUACUUACUGUCUCGGCCAAUGCUCUGUAAAAACAUCUAACCGCAAUUGGGAGUUGUGUUGAUUUCUUGCUUCCUUUUUUAAAU